GGCCAAACUUUUUGGACACCACACCUCAACAAGCAACCGUGAAUUGAACUGAACGCGGCGCGCUGGCAGAUAGGGGAAACCAAGUUGGCAACCGAUUUUCCUGGACUAAUCGGCCAUGGACCCGCGGCGCAGCCACUGGGAGAGCAGCUCGUCGGAGGACGUCACGAGGCCGCUGCUGCCUCUGCACGACGACGAUGGCGGCGGCGAGCGCUCCUGCUCGCCGCUGAUCAAGUCUCUGCGCGCCAACAAGUACCUGGCGAUCGCGGCCGGGCCGCUGGCCGCCGCGCUGAUCUGCGCGGCCGCGGACCUUGGCGCCGGGCACGCGGCCGCGCGCAACAUGCUCGCCGUGCUGGCGUGGGUGUUCCUCUGGUGGCUCACCGACGCCGUGCCGCUGGCCGUGGCGUCCAUGGCGCCGCUGUUCCUCUUCCCGCUGUUCGGCGUGUCCUCCUCCGACGCCGUCGCCAAGGCCUACAUGGACGACGUCAUCUCCCUCGUCCUCGGCAGCUUCAUCCUCGCGCUCGCCAUCGAGCACUACAACAUCCACCGCCGCCUCGCUCUCAACAUCACGUCGCUGUUCUGCGGGGACCCGGUGAAGCCGCCGCUGAUGCUGCUGGGCAUCUGCGGCACGACCAUGUUCAUCAGCAUGUGGAUCCACAACACGCCGUGCACCGUCAUGAUGAUGCCGGUGGCCACGGGGAUCCUGCAGAGGUUCCCCGGAGACGCCGGCGGCGGCGGCGAUGACGCCCGGGAGGUCCGGCGGUUCUCCAAGGCGGUGGUGCUGGGCGUGGUGUACGCGUCGGCGAUCGGAGGGAUGGCCACGCUCACCGGCACGGGCGCCAACAUCAUCCUGGUGGGGAUGUGGUCCACCUACUUCCCGGAGCAGGAGCCCAUCACAUUCAGCUCCUGGAUGUCCUUCGGGUUCCCCAUGGCGCUGAUCCUGUUCGUGGCGCUCUGGGCCACGCUCUGCCUCAUGUACUGCUCCAAGAACACCGGGAGGGCGCUCUCGGCUUACCUUGACCGGACCCAUCUCAGGAGGGAGCUCAGCUUGCUUGGUCCAAUGGCUUUUGCAGAGAAGAUGGUCCUUGCAGUUUUUGGGGGCCUGAUUGUCCUAUGGAUGACGAGAAGCCUGACGGACGACAUCCCUGGGUGGUCAGUCCUCUUCCACGGCGAUGUCGGGGACGGAACUGUUACCAUCAUGAUGGCGACGCUGCUCUUCAUAAUCCCGAGCGGCAAGGGCGACGGCGAGAAGCUCAUGGACUGGGGCAAGUGCCGGAAGCUGCAGUGGAACAUCAUCCUGCUCCUCGGCGCGGGCUUCGCCAUCGCCGACGGCUUCAGGGCGAGCGGCCUCACCGACAUCCUCUCGGAGGGUCUGGGCUUCCUGCGGGGCGCGCCGGCGCUGCUCAUCGCGCCCGUGGCCUGCGUCUUCAGCGGCGUCAUCACCGAGUUCACCUCCGACGACGCCACUACCACGCUGGUGCUGCCGCUGCUCGCCGAGCUCGGCAAGACCAUCGGCGUCAACCCGCUGCUGCUCAUGGUCCCCGGCGCCGUCGGCGCGCAGCUCUCGUACCUGCUGCCCACCGGGUCCCCGGGCAACGUCGUCGGGUUCAGCACCGGCUACAUCACCAUCAAGGAUAUGGUGAUCACCGGAAUGCCCCUCAAGGUCGUCGGCGUUGCAGCUCUCACAAUCCUACUGCCGACGCUAGGUUCUGUGGUUUUUGGCACGGAUCAGAAGGUGUAGGAAAAGUACUCAGAGCUGAGUCGGAUGUUUUGAACAUUUCAAUCUGUAGUCGGUAGGUUAUCCAGCAGGAUGUUCAGGUUAUACAGCAGCAGUAUGUAUAGUCAAUGUUGUUGCCUCAUGAAUGAUAUGGGGUCAUAUUCUUUACUGUAUCUAGGAAGAUAUGGAUAUUUGUUUUUUUUAGGAAAAUAUGGAGUUUUGUAUCGAAUGGUUCAAUCUGAAUUUAUUCGUAUUUGUCACA